CAUCAGCAUGACAAUUUUGAUUAUUGAAUUUAUUGAUAGGAAUUGCGAUUGAAUUAAAGAGAAAUAAAAAUAAUCUAAGUAAAUUUAAAUUAAUGAUAUAAAAGUUUUAAUUGAUUUUAUACAAAAUCAAUUAAAAAUGCUCCGAGUUGAAUUUUCUAUCGCUUUUGGUUUGUGUAUUAUUGCCAAUGUUUUCUGUGCAUUGAAUUCCGUUGAAGAAGAUGUGGGGACUGGACGGUACGUUAUUGAAGGACGAGUGUUCCCAGCUGACGAUCAAAACUUAUCAAAUUGGCAGGUGGAGACUAGAAUUCAUGUAAAUGGAGGCGAAUAUAUUGGUUUUAUUAAAGACGACGGUUCUUUCACAAUAUACAAUGUUCCAACAGGGUCAUAUGUGGUUGAAAUCGUAAAUCCAGAUUACAUGUAUGAGCCAGUUAGAGUCGAAAUUAAUUCAAAAGGCAAGUACAGAGCUCGUAAAGUGAAUUACAUACAAACCUCGCAAGUUAUUCAAGUUCCAUACCCAUUAAGAAUGAAAGCAAUUACUAAAUUCCGUUAUUUCCAAAUGCGUGAACAAUGGAGAUUAACUGACUUUUUAUUCAACCCAAUGGUGAUCAUGAUGGUGUUACCUUUACUAUUAAUCAUGAUUCUGCCUAAAAUGAUGAAUGACCCAGAAACCAAGGAAGACUUAAAGCAAAUAAGCAAUAUGGCAAAGAUGUCCGAGUUACCUGAAAUGUCAGAGAUGUUUACGUCUCUGUUCAGUGGAGGAGCUGCCACUAAAGCCAAUGCCAAAACUAAACAAGUUAAGAAAAGACAGUAGGAAAUUACAUAUUUGUUAAUUAACAAAGGUUAUAUUGUAUUAUGUUAUUUAGGAAUAACUGUCAUCAAUAAAUUAUUUAAAAUAU